AUGGCCAAUCCCUCAGAGCCUGCCAGCGAUGGCAAAGGUCGCCUCCUUCUCGUUUCCAACCGUCUGCCUAUUACCAUCAAGCGCUCCGAUGACGCUACUUACGACUUCUCAAUGUCUUCUGGUGGUCUAGUCAGUGGACUUUCAGGACUCGCAAAGACUACAAAGUUCCAGUGGUAUGGCUGGCCCGGUAUCCAGGUUCCUCAGAAUGAGAUCGGUCUGGUCAAGGAUAGACUAUGGAAGGAGUACGGCGCAGUGCCCAUCUUCAUGGAUGAUGAGCUGGCCGACAGACAUUACAACGGCUUCUCUAACUCAAUCCUCUGGCCCCUCUUCCACUACCACCCCGGUGAGAUUACCUUCGACGAGUCUGCAUGGAAUGCCUACCGCGAGGCCAACCGUCUGUUCGCAAAAGAAAUCGCAAAGGACGUCCAAGACAACGAUCUGAUCUGGGUACACGAUUACCAUCUUAUGCUUCUUCCUGCUAUGCUCCGCGAAGAGAUUGGCGACUCGAAGCGCAACGUCAAUAGCGAGAUUUACAGAAUCUUGCCUGUCCGUAACGAGAUCCUCAACGGUGUCCUACACUGCGAUUUGGUCGGAUUCCACACCUAUGAUUAUGCUAGGCACUUCCUCAGCAGUUGUUCUAGAAUCCUCCAAUUGCCAACAACACCAAACACAGUCGAGUUCCAGGGCAAGGUCGUUACCGUUGGUGCAUUCCCUAUUGGUAUUGAUCCCGAAAAGUUCGAGGAAGGCCUCAAGAAGCCUAAGGUCGUGGAACGUAUCCAGACACUUGAGAAGAAGUUCCAAGGUGUCAAGCUGAUAGUCGGUGUUGACCGUCUUGACUACAUCAAGGGUGUCCCUCAGAAGCUGCAUGCGCUUGAAGUCUUCUUGACUGAACAUCCCGAAUGGAUCGGCAAAGUCGUGCUCGUCCAAGUCGCUGUUCCUUCAAGACAGGAUGUAGAGGAGUACCAGAACCUCCGUGCCGUCGUCAACGAACUGGUUGGCAGAAUCAACGGCAAAUUCGUUAGUGACGUCUGUCUUGUCUCGUCAACCCGUGAUGGCAUGAAUCUUGUCUCAUACGAGUACAUUGCAACCCAGCAGAAGCGUCACGGUUCCAUGAUCUUGUCCGAAUUCACUGGCGCAGCUCAGAGUCUCAACGGCAGCAUCAUUGUCAACCCUUGGAACACGGAAGAAUUGGCUGAUGCUAUCCAUGACGCUGUAACCAUGGGAGAUGAGCAGAGAAGCAUCAACUACCAAAAGCUUGCCAAAUAUGUCAACAAGUACACCAGUGCUUGGUGGGGCGAGUCUUUCGUCAAUGAGCUCACCAGAAUCUCCGAACAGGCCGAGAAGAAGAUUAAGGUCAAGCAAUCGCAGCUCGAUGGAAAGAUGCACGAGGAGACCACGCAGCAGAGCACCGCUACUCAGAACGAAGACACUGGCUCUGGCGUCAAUUCAGGCACCUCGACUCCUAGAAGACCUGACACAAAGAGAGCCACAACCACUAUCUAG